AUGUCUACAACCACCCCCACCACAUCAUUCACCACCUCUACUAGCACCAGUUCCAUCAUCUCCACCACCACUACCUCCAUAAUUGUAUCCUCUAAUACCACCUUCACCACCUCCAACACUUACACCAACACUACCUGCAUCACCAUUGCCACAUCUACCACCGCCACCACUACCAUCUCUACCACCUCAACCUUCAUAACAUCCACUUUGUGGAUGUCCAUCAUCUCCACCUCUAUCACUACCUCAACCUCCUCUACCACCACCACCUCAAACUGCACCUCCACCACUACCACCCUCUCUACCAUCUCCACCACUUCCACCACCACCACCUCCAACUGCACCUCCUCCACAUAUGCAUUACCAUCACCUCCACCACCUCCAAAGCUACCAUCCUGA